CAGCCCAGCACGCAACAUCAUAUCAUGCUGGUGUCUCUCACCGUUGGCAAGGUCGACGCCGGCGUUGCUGUGCUCCUCACCGAGGACAAGCGACUGAUCGAGUUCCCUUCGAUCCUCCUGCCGCCCGACAUCCAAUCCGGCAGUAUCGUCGAUAUCAAUGUCGCGCGCAACCAACAAGCCGAAUCUGUCGCCGACCAAAAGUUUUCCACGCUGCAGCGCGAGAUAGUCGAUGUAUUUGGUUCCCAGUCCCCACAAGCGCCAGUGCUACGAUGCAGGAACGCGACGCAGACGAGUCUGGUGCUCGAGUGGGACCCCGUAGAGCUCGCGACUGCCGAGUUUCGCAGCCUGAGCCUGUAUAGGAAUGGCACCAAGGCGGGCAACAUCCCACGAGACAAGCUGAGCACGAAAAUCAGUGGUCUGGCAUUGGACACCGAGUAUACCUUCCACCUCGUCCUGAGGACGAGCGCGGGUCAGUACACUUCAGAAAAGCUCCCUGUCAGGACCCAUAAGAUGACAGAUCUGCACGGAAUCACCGUCACGCCGGGUGUGAUGCCUAGCCAGCUCAAGGACAGCCUCGCCGAGACUGUCAACAGGAUGGGCGCAAAGAUGAUUGACACUGUUCGCAUUGAUACGACACAUUUCGUGUGCACGGAAGCUCGAGGUCAGGCGUGGGAGAAGGCAAAGGAGCUGAACGUGCCCAUCGUGGUGCCAGACUGGGUGAAGGGAUGCGAACGCGAGGGCAGGCUAGUUGGUGUUCGAGGAUACUAUCUAGAUGCGGACCCGAAGUUGAGACAGAUGGGACCCAGUACACAUCAGCAACGCGCCAGCGUGACUAGCAUACCUGAGAGACUUCGCGACAGCCCGCGCAUUGAGACCACGCCGCCAACACCAGAACGAACUAACGCGAGGCGAGACGAACGCAAUCCGACGUCGUCGCCGCAGCCCUCUUCGCAGGAGAGUCUUCCCCGGGCAGACGGUGCAUCUUCGGCGACUGGCACACCGAUUCAGGAGAAACAGACCGAGUCUUCUGACGACGGAUCAGACGAUACCGAGACCGAAGAACCGGAACAGUCGCCACGAGAAAACGGGCGACCGGCUUCUACCGAAAGAGGAAGCAGCAAGGCGGCUCCGACUCCAGGUGACGAGCAGUUUUCUGAGGUAGAGCUUUAGUUGAGCAUUUCAAGCGCCUUCCAUGGCCAUAUUAGUGAUCUCACAACCCGAAUGGAGGGGUGUAGGUUGUGAGAGGCUGUGGCUGAGCUUUUGUAAUCAUUGAAGUUGCAAUCCACACUGCAGUGUAAGACUUAAUGCUUGGCACAGGGGACGUCUAGGUAAUAGAUAGACAUUCCCGUCUCGAGUGUCUGGACGACAAUGAACGCGCUACUCAGUGAUCACUGUCCAAAAACACAAAAUUUCAAGCUUCAGAUUUCUCGUUAUUCGCGCAUUGAUGAAAAGAA